AUGGCUGCUCAUAGUAACAACUUUAUCCGCGUGCGCUUGUACUUUGACUACCCGCCGCCGGCCGUCAUUGACUGCCGCAUGUGCUGGCUGCUCGUGAACCUGAACACGUGCCGCGUGGUGGCGGAUCUAGAGAGUAUCAUCCGAGAGAAGUUUGAAUUCAGCCGCAGGAGCGUCCUCAGCCUGUUCGUAGAGGACUGCUACCUGCCGCACACCGAGAGCAUCUAUGUGGUGCGCGACAACGACAGCGUCAGGGUGAAGGUGGACUUUUUGGCUCAGGUGAAUGCAAACAGCAGCGAUCCAGACGGACCUACAGCAAGUGGAAAGUGCAGAAAGAGGCAGAGGCCUGCAGAGGACAAUGGGCCAGGAGAGAAUGGAGUGAAUGUGGAAUGGGUGAAAAAAAAGAGGAAAAAAGGGAGCGAGAAGAGCCUGGAGAGGGAUGCCAAGCAGGCUUCAGGUGAUGAGAGGAGUAAGAAGUCCCAAAAGAAGCGCAAAGAGAAGAAGAAACGAAAGAAGGCAGAGGGAAACGGACCUGCCGUCACCCCCAAAACAUCUGCCUCGACCAAAAAAACCCCAGCCAGGGCAGACCAGCCAGGUCAAAGCAACAAGAAGCCCCCAGCGGUACAGGCAAGAGCGCAGGAUGCCUCCUCUUCAGAUUCCAGCAGCAGCAGUAGUGAGGAAGAUGCAGCUCCCAAAAAAACAGCUGCCCAAAAACCUGCACCAAAUACACCCUCCUCCACCCCUGCUGCUGCCAAAGCACCCCCAGCCACCAAACCCACCCAGGCAAAACCACACCCUCCUUCUUCAUCCUCUUCAGAAAGUGACUCCUCCUCAGAUGAGGCCACCAGUGUAAAAACCCUGCCGAAAAACAAACCCGUGACAUCCACGACCCCCAAAGCAAUAAUAAGUGAUAGCCCGAAGCCUCCUCAGGACAAAGUCGCAGAGCCGUGUACCUCGAGCAGCGAAGAGGAGAUCAAGCUGGUUAUCCGACAGCCAGCGCAGCAGCCGGGCCGCGGUGUCGGUGGUCAGUCGCCCUGGAGAGGCCGCGGCCGAGGAAGGCCCAGGCGCGGUGGCCCUGGAGAGAGGGGAAGGGGUGAAGGUAGAGGGGGCAUGAGAGGGCACACUGGCAGCUUUGAGCUCAGCUAUAAUGGAGCCAAGGAGCCGGCCUACCAGACUGACUCACUGACCAACACGUCAGUCGUCCUCCAGAACGGAGCAGAAAGCGCUCCCAAACAGGACUACAGCUCCAUGCCCCUGCUGGCUGCUCCUCCACAGGUGGGGCAGAAGAUUGCCUUCAAGUUGCUGGAGCUGACUGAGAGCUAUACACCAGAGGUAUCCGAAUAUAAGGAGGGGAGGAUUGUGAGUUUUGACCACGCCACCAAACAGAUUGAGCUGGAACUACAACAUGUCUCACAAGCUCCUGUAGAGCCUGGCAAGUUUGACCUGGUCUAUCAGAACCCAGAUGGCUCGGAGAGAGUGGAGUAUGCAGUGUCCAGAGGCUCUCGGGUGACAGAGCGCUGGGACUCCCUGCUAGAACCAAGACUCAUCAUUUAAGCCAAGGAAGUUGAACAAGCCCCUACUUUGGCGAGACAGAUUUCCCUUUUCUCCAACGCUGUUUCAGGAUCCUUCAACUUGUAGUCCAGUGCCAAGGUUAAACUGUUUCAUAUGACAGCUAAGGAGUAUGUUUAUGAUUGACAGUGUUCUCUGUUCUUCUAGAUUCGUCAUCACUUUGCACACAGCUACUGCAUAACAAAGUACAGGUGUCAGUGCUGAAAAAUGUUUUAAUUGUUGCAUUUAAAUUGGAGUUAGAUAUUAAAUGCUUUUUUUAUAUGUAGGUGUUUUUAGUGAUUGUUUCCAGGAUGGGAACAAAAUGGUUUUAUGUUUUGUACAGUGAUGUGACUGUGGAUAUCAGUCUUGUAUAAA